AUGUCGUCAAACGCUUCACCAGGACCUCACAAACACCCCAGAAUACUGGCUUGUGUAUUGUGUCAGCAUCGCAAAAUAAAGUGCGACAGGAAUUCACCAUGUUCCAACUGUAUCAAGGCCAAUGUCACCUGCACGCCCAGCACCCCGGCGCCAGCUCGCAAACGCCGGCGCCCAAACCAAGAUCUCCAGGAACGUCUCGCACGAUGCGAGGAACUGCUCAAGCAGUAUGCAAGUGGAUCGGUGCCGAUACCUGCUCCCUCUACUGCUCAAAGGCCGUUACCACCUUUACCAGCAACGCCCUCCAACCCCAACUUGCCAGCUUCCGAGGCUCCCGUCGCCACGCCCGCCAGCCUCGAUUCUACGCAGUCUCGUAAUCCAGGCGCUCUCAUGGUCAAGGAAGAUGGCAACGUCCGUUUCAUGGACAGCUACAUUUGGGCUAGUGUGUACGACGAGCUCCAGAAAAUGCGAGAUAUUGUAGAGACGGAUGAUCCAGAAGAAUCGAGUCUCUUGGGCUCGGACGAGCUCACUCCAGACAACAAUGCAGACCUCGUGCUUUCUGCCGACGUGUUCAAUACGAACAUCGACGACCUUCAGCCCGACCCUAUUCACGUUUUCCGGCUCUGGCAGCUCUACCUCGACCGCGUCAACCCCCUGUUCAAAGUCAUCCACGUGCCGACUCUCCAGCCUUUGAUAAUGGAAGCAGCGACUAAUAUGAGCGCCCUGCCUCUGCACCAACAAGCUCUUCUUUUCUCCAUCUUCGCCAUGGCGAGUGUUUCGAUGACUUCUGCGGAGAGCAUACAAACAAUCGGCAUGUCUCGCGAGGCCGCGAUCCAGAGAUUCAACACAGGCACCAAAGCAUGCUUGAUCAAAUACAGCUUUCUCAAAAAUUACAACAUGACGACGUUGCAAGCCAUCGUGUUGUACCUGAUUUCUCUAGAAGGGCGGUAUGACAGACAUGCGCAAUGGGUCAUCAGCGGAGUCAUUAUGCGUAUAGCCCAGAAGAUGGGGUAUCACCGAGACGGCUCGCAACUCAACUUGACCCCUUUCGAAACCGAGAUGCGCAGGCGUAUUUGGUGGCAGAUCAUGAUGCUGGAUGCCAAAUGUGCCAUGAUGUCUGGCCUCAGCCAGUCGUGGAUGAAUGCCAGCUGGGACACCCGGAAGCCCUCGAAUCUGAACGAUGCGGACCUUUUCCCCGGCUCGACUGAGCCAGUCGUCGAGCGUGAUGGCCCUACGGAAAUGGCCUUCAGCAUUGUCCUCGCAGAAAUAUUUCGAUUCAAGAUGGAAACAGACGGCUCCAACGAAUCCCGCGACUUUGAAGCUGCCAUAAUGGGCCAGACGCUCAACGACAGCGCGGAUCCAGAAAACAACACCAAAGCGAUUUUCGAAAAAUUCCGAAAAAAGGCUGAGAAAUUGGAAGAAAGACUGAUGGAGAUUGAAAAGAACAUGAUCGACGUAAGGGCAGGCAAUGCCCACGUUGCGGCGCUUGCCAUUCGGCCAAUGCUCACUCAUAGGUUGUCGGAGAUGCUUGUGCCCAUCCAAGAACAGCCAGAGUGGGGAACUGAAAUAUUCGGCCCCAAAGACAAUUUCUUCAAAGUGCUGCUGAUGAUGAUGGAGCAUAAGAUGGAGGCACACGAGCGGAUGGUUGCCGCCGGCUUCCAGUGGUUCAUGAGGUUCCACUUCCAGCUCGAUGCUUUCGCAGUCUUCACGGGUCUGCUUCACGAUCGGCCGGUGGGAACGCUGGCGGACCGCGCCUGGGAGGUUAUGCGCAAGAUUUAUGCCAAUCACCAAGAGUUCUCCGACAUGACCAUCAAGCCGCAUGCAGCCCAGGCUCAAUUUGUGCUCAAAGCCUGGCGGGCGCGGGAGCUUGCCUAUGCCCAGAAUGGGCAGGUGAUUGAGACUCCGAGCUUCAUCAGCCAACUCAGGGAAUUGGUGCCGUGCAACGAUUCCAAGUCGUCCGGGCAGUCUGUGACGUCUCCCACGACGACGGUGACACCCCAGCAACAGCCACUCAUGGGGUUUAACCAAUUCCUUGGGGGAUAUCUUGAUGUUUCCACCGUGAACUGGGAAAUGUUUGGGGAAUUCCUACCGAAUAGCGGAGAGCAACUUUCCACCUCCAUGUUCGAUGGAUAUUCUAUGGGCAACCUCAAUAUGGGCAACAUGGGCUAG